UCCGUACAGAAAACUAUGGCUGUCCCGGAGUUGUGACAAUUGUUUUUAUUUGUGCAAACACUCAUAGUUUUAAUGUUUUAAACUAUUCUCGUCGCAGAAACCCGAUUCCUAAGAUUUUUAAACCACAGUGCAACUCAGAUCAUCAUGCCGUCCGCCUGUGACCCUUUGAUUGAAGACAUUGAGGACAUGUUGUCUUCUGGUGACCCCACUCCUCAUGAAAGACAGUCCGCCAGAAAGAGUAUAAUACCUCGAGCCAGGAAGAGGAAAGAGCUCCUGAACAACGAGGAGCUCCAAGCUGACAGUUUGAUUCCUGGUACCCAGAAGGUCUGGAUAAAGACAUGGGGCUGUAGUCACAACAACUCAGAUGGAGAGUACAUGGCCGGACAGCUUGCUGCCAGUGGAUACAAGAUGACAGAUGACCCAACAGAAGCAGAUGUUUGGUUGCUCAACAGCUGUACAGUGAAAAACCCUGCAGAGGACCACUUCAGAAACUCAAUCAGGAAAGCCCAGGAACAGCAGAAGAAGGUGGUUGUAGCAGGUUGUGUUCCUCAAGCUCAGCCAAGGAUGGACUACCUCAAAACUCUCAGCAUUAUUGGGGUCCAGCAGAUUGAUCGAGUGGUGGAAGUAGUGGACGAGACUGUUAAAGGUCACUCGGUUCGUCUACUGGGACAAAAGAAGGAUGGAGGCAAGAGACUUGGAGGAGCUCGACUGGACCUUCCCAAGAUCAGGAAGAACCCUCUUAUUGAAAUCAUCUCCAUUAACACUGGGUGCCUAAAUGCGUGUACCUACUGCAAGACUAAACACGCUCGAGGAGACCUGGCCAGCUACCCCAUAGACGAGCUUGUGGAGAGAGCCAGACAGUCUUUCCAGGAGGGAGUGUGUGAGAUCUGGUUGACUAGUGAGGACACAGGAGCUUAUGGUCGAGACAUUGGAACAGACCUGCCCACGCUGCUGUGGAGGUUGGUGGAGGUGAUUCCUGAAGGAGCCAUGCUGAGGGUGGGGAUGACCAACCCACCUUAUAUCCUGGAACAUCUUGAGGAGAUGUCUAAGAUUCUGAAUCAUCCACGUGUCUUCGCCUUUCUUCACGUUCCCGUGCAGUCAGCCUCAGACAGUGUACUGAUGGACAUGAAGAGAGAAUACUGCAUUGAAGACUUUAAACGAGUGGUGGACUUCCUCAAGGAGAGAGUACCUGGUGUAACAAUUGCAACAGAUGUAAUCUGUGGUUUUCCUGGUGAAACUGAGGAUGACUUCCAAGAGACAGUAAAGCUGGUGAAACACUAUCAAUUUCCAAGUCUUUUCAUCAACCAGUUCUACCCCAGACCUGGUACCCCUGCUGCUAAGAUGGAGCAAGUCCCAGCACAUGUGAAGAAGCAAAGGACAAAAGAACUCUCCAAAGUCUUCCACUCCUACAACCCUUAUGAUCACAAGGUGGGUGAGAGGCAACAUGUGCUGGUGACAGAGGAGUCAUUUGAUGCUCAGUACUAUGUGGCUCACAACAAGUUCUAUGAACAGGUGCUGGUACCUAAGAGGCUGGAAUUCAAAGGGAAGAUGAUUGAGGUGUACAUUUACGAGGCAGGGAAACACUUUAUGAAAGGGAAACCAGUAGAAGACAGUGAGCCGUUCACUCCCUCCAUCGCUGCGCCUCUUCAAAAGGGAGAAGUGUCUGGUUUGAUGCAGGAGCGUGUGGUGAAAGGAGUCAGAGGAGCUGCUUCUGCACCGCCGGAUUCUGCCUUUUUGAUUGGCUCCUAUAGUUUGGACAAAGACGUGCUGAAGAGGCUGGGGAUCGGACUCGCACUGGCAGCAGCCAUUUUGGCCUUUAUUGUGGAGAAGUUAUACUGAAACAAACACAAUCGAUAUCAGUAUCUUAGGUUUACACUCAAAACACUUUUAUACGAGCAGAUACGGGACAAAGGAAAAGGCAAAAUGUUUUAAUCGACAGAAUGAUUACAUCUUGACUUUGUCCAUUGAAGGAUAAAAAUGUUUUGGAGAAUUAUAAUUUUUCUUUUUAGUUUCGGGUUCUGUUUUACAGAAAAAUAAAUCACAACUCAGCAAAUAUGUUUUGGAGGACUGAACUACUGUUGCUUAUGUAAUUAUUCAUUCAUGCCAAAAUAUUUAUUUAAAAGAAACUUUUUUUUUCUAGCGACAUGACAAAUCUCAUUUAGGAUAUUUGAACAAGUUUGUUUCAAUAUUCAAAAUAUUUGUCUUUUUCUUCUGGUUAAAAAUUAAAUCAACUGUAAAACAUUAAAUGAUAACAAAACCAUCA